AUGGGUGCCACUAGCACGGGCAAGACGAAGCUACCAAUUGACAUAUCCAAGGCGAUUGGUGGUGAAGUGAUGAAUGCUGACAAGAUGCAAAUAUAUGCUUGUCUCGACAUCGCAACUAACAAGAUCCGCCCAAGUGAUCAAGGAGGUAUUCCUCAUCACUUAUUUGGGGUUCUUUCAUCAAUUGCAUAUGACUUGUCUGUACCUUCCUUUCGAUCUAUGGCAACAAGUACUGCAGAGUCUAUUGCAAGAUGGGGCAGGGUUCCAGUUCUAGUAGGUGGGUCAAACUCGUUCAUGCAUGGAUUUCUUUUCGACCAACUUGAUCUGUCCCUUGGUAACCCUUUUACUAUACCAAGGUAUAAGCCAAAUCUAAGGUUCACAAGCUGUUUACUCUAG